UCCUCUGGUUAUGUUUAGUUUCUUGACGAAAUCUCACAUGGACGCAUCAGCUUCUCUCAAAUUUAAUUCUAGUUAAAUAACGUUUUUUGUAUUAUGUGAUUGCGUUGUUUUACAUGUGUACCAUUAGUGCUUGCCUUCUGAUUACUAUUACAUCGAGUACUUUUUCAAUUCGAUAUUAUAGAAGAAGAAGCACAAGCCUCUGAAUAUCGAUAAUUCUAAUUCUGCAUCGAACGAGAAAUCGCUUCUCUUCAUAUCGAAAAAUUACUUUAGAUCGAUAUCUUCUUCACAACGGACCAGUCUGAUAUUAUGGAAAAAGAGAAAGAGAAAAGCUGCGAUUUACUAAUGCCAACGUUACAGUCUUCUGUUGCUGAAGAGAUAACUCGAUUCAUCGAAUAUUCUCGAAAGUUUAAAGAAAACACUAAGAAAACAUCAUUUUCUCCCAUAGCGAAAUACAAUAGAGAAAAGAAAGAAAAGGAAAGAAAAUUAAGUCCUUUUCCAUUCGCUUCAAAAGGAAUGCAAAAUAUUAAUGUACAAAAAUUCGAACCUCUACAUAUUGAUAAUUCUGCAAAAUCACGUGGGAAAUUAUCGUCUUUUCCCAUGUCGAAGGAUUACGCUGGAGCAUCUGUUGAGUCCGAUGUGGAAGAAGAGAAGUACCCGCAACGAAUACCUUUUUGUUUCGAUGAAUCUGACAAGAUAGGAAUGGCUAGGACGAGAGAGUAUCUAGAGAAAGUAGCGAUAAUUACAGAAAAGAAAUUAAAAGCUAUUCGUAAAUCUCCAGCGUAUUUAAAGAUGAAGGAAACAUUAGAAAAUACUUAUUCGGAAAAAAUUAUGAUAAUUAACAAAGAUCAAAAAGAUAAAGAACCGGAAGAUAUUCACAAGGAUCGAAAAGAAAAAAAACUGGAAGAUAUUCAAGUCAUGAAAAAUGAAAUUUCUCGAAAAUGUCAAUCGCAAUGUCAUUUCACAAUCUUAUCAUUAUCAUUUCUACCUGUAUUUCUAUUUUUAUUGUAUUUUGGAUUUUCGCAUAUAUAAAUCACACGCCUGACAUUGUCGAAUUGGAAAAAGAGAUAUUUGAGCAUGACAAAACCGUACGAGUUUUGAUCGAAUAUCUUCAGCGAGAUACACUUCUCUUCAAAGUAGUAGCUCUUAUCGGUGGUAGCGACGAGCGUCGAUAAGUCACAUAUGAAUAUUAUUAAAAAAAGGCUUCACAAAAGAAAUGACAAUAAUUUCUCAUCUUCGUUAAACUUUAUUAUCUUGAAAAAUUUGAGAGCAGAACAUUCCACAGAUGUCAUAAAUUUUGUGAGAAUGUAUCAAGAAGCAUACGAUAAUAGACAGUUUACUGUAUUGGUCGUUUUUAAAAUUGAGCAAAUUAAUGACGAGUCGACGCAUAGAUAUGAACCAAACUAUAAAUAUUGUAAAAGAUAGUUUCGCCGAAGCAAAUAUUGUUAGUAAAACUAUUCCUUUCAAAUUUUUAAGUGAGGAAUUUUUAGAAAAAUACAUUAUAAACACGGCAAAAAAUUAUAUUGGACGAACCUUUUUGUGAGAGCAAUUAGAAUAAACGACGUUUAAUAGAAGAUAAUAUUAAUUGCAAAAAGGCCUAUGGUUGCUAAAGAAUGAAAAUCAUGCAUAAUUGUUUCCAAGCAAAAGAGUUCAAGUUA